AUGGCGUCCGUCGGAACCAGCAGCAUGGGGAAUGGCAAGGCCGUGCGUGCGCUGCUCGCCAUCGUCGCCGUCAUCGCCGGUACGCUCCGCCAUUCGCGUCGCUCUCUCGCCCCUCGUGCUCUUAUGCGCAUCCCGCCGUCGCAAGCAGCAGCGACCAUAUCGGUCUCCGUGCAGAUUGCCAUGCCGAUGCUGAUUAACGGCCGCGCAUUUUCCUUCUCGCCGCGCCGCUGUGUCAACCUUCCUGCCAUGUCGCCUUCUCUGAAGGCGCGGGUGGUGGUGCCGUGGCAACAAGCAAGCAUGUCUGGCAAGGCUGCUUGCCGCUUGAUCCGGUUCUUCCAGGCUUCUGACUGCAAAGGGCAGUCGCUGGACGUUUUCGCGAAUGGCCAACAGAGUUGCGCCUUUCAUUCUCGCUCGCCUUGCUUCCAUCAUGCUCGUAUGCUCUUGAUGCCGCUCGUUCGCCCGUCCACCUGGCCAACAAUCGUUGCACUCGUGGCACCCUUCCCCUGUGUGUGCAGUGAGAAGUAUAUCUCCGGUGCAGCCAAUUCCGCCCUCUGCGUCAUUGAUAACUUGUGUCAGUAUGCGAUCUGCCCUGCCGGUGCUAACGUUUGCACCCCACCCACUGACAACAGCGCGGCAGUGACGUGCACGUGCAACAAUGGCUACAGCGUUGUCAACAACAAGUGCCAGCCUCCCAAAGCGUCGUGUGUCACUACAGGCUGCCCUUCCAACAAAGAGUGUGUCAAACGCACCGGUGGCUCUGAAAUGGAGUGCAGGUGCAAGUCGGGCUACAAUGCAGUCGGUGGCACCUGCGUGCCAGCAGCAAAAUCCGGCACCACCACAGCACCGUCCGGCACCACCUCAGCACCGUCCGGCACCGCCUCAGCACCGUCCGGCACCACCUCAGCACCGUCCGGCACCACCUCAGUACCGUCCGGCACCACCUCAGCGCCGUCCGGCACCACCACAGCUUCGUCCACCACAACACCUUCAAGCGGCACUUCAGAAUCUUCAAGCGACAUUUCAGAUUCUUUCAGCGACGUUACAGGACCUUCCAACUACGUGUCAGAAAUUCCUCCAAGCUACAUUUCAGAAUCUUCCACCAACGCGUCAGAAUCUUCCAACGACGUGUCAGAAUUUCCUGUCUACACGUCAGAAUUUCCCAACUAA